AUGGAAAAUGUGCAACAAAUAAUACAUAAAAGUAGAAUUUUUACAGAACGUUUACAACAAGCCAUUGCUCAUCAAGAUAAAUUAACCAAAGAUGCUUUUGACGUAAAUAAUUUCAAAUAUUCACAAUCACUUGAUGUUUCAAAAAAAAAUUUAGCUGAUGCAGAAAAUAAAUACGAAACAAUACUUAGUAAAAUUGAAAAUACCAAUCUCAAAGUUCAUAAUAUUGCUGAACGGUGUGAAAAAAUUUCUGAAGAAAAUAUUAUUUUAGAAAAAACUAAUAAUGAAUUGUUAGGCUCUUCCAAACCGUUUGACAAUGAACGAUGUGAAACAGCCCAUGUUGCAUUUUCAGAAAGUGACACACCAGAAUGUUCAUUUGCUUAUUUUAAUUUGAGUAAAAAUGAUAAAUGCUGUAAAGAAAAAUUAUGGGAAAAAAUCGAAGAAACUUGUAUGAAUGUAAAAGAAUAA